AUGAGGUCACUGUUUGGGAAAUCAUCCUUUGAAAUCCGACUGGCGUGUGGUAGGAACUCCCAGUUUGCCGUGAGGGGAUCUCAGCCGCGUGGAAAGUUUCAAUCUGGGAACCGAUCGACUAAAUGUCUACGAUCUGCAGAAGUCGGCACAUAAACACCGACUCAUCAAGUGGCACAAGUGCGCGAAUGAUCUUUCUCCUCACAGUUCUGGUUAUCUCUUGUAGCAUAUUUCUAGUCUAUUUUAAUUCAAAUAGGCAGUCCUUGUCCAUGGAGAUGAGGCCUCCCCAGAAAGGCGGUGCAACGUCGCCAUAGGCUUAACCAAUGGAGGUUGCUGUAUUGGGACAUCAUCCUUUGAAAACCGACUGGCGUGUAGCAGGAGAUUCCUAGUUUGCCGAGAGGGGAUCUCAGCCGCAUGGAAAGUUUCAAACAGGGAACCGAUCGACUAA